CGAACCAGGCAAAGCGCGUCGCAUCAUGUGAUCCCCGGCCAUCAGGCCAUCAGAUCCAGAUCUCGCAACGCAACCUGGCAAUGGUCUACCUUCUGCUUCUCUCCAUUAACUGCUUCAGUCGUCGAGCCCAUUUCUCAUUAUAUUUUUUCUUAUUUUCUUCAGCAAAGGCUCCACCAGUGAAGACUUUCUCAAUCGGACAAUUUACGCCGAAGCAAGUACAAUUACAUUAGCAUUCGGCAUCCUAGGACGACAUGCCUCCCGGUGCGACAAUUAGCAGCCCUGCAGCACAUCCAGCCCGAUCUGGGCAGAGCAACAUCUCCAUGCGCUUGCACGCCCUCUUCCCGGCCAUGAAUGCGGAGCCUUCCGUUAUCCAGUCUGCUUCGUCACCGCCUUCGGCAUUCCCAUCCGCUGCAGAGGCUAGCGAGGGACUUUUCCUAAAAGUUAGGAUUUUAACGUGGAACAUGCACGAUUCACUACCCAAGGGGGAUCUGAGUGAACUGCUCGGAACAGUGCCUCCGUAUGUCCCAGCGGUAGAAAUUCUUGCGGACCCUUCUGGAAUACCCGUCUUCCCAGCCGAUGCCAAGCAUCCGUACCACAUUGUGAUAAUUGCAGGACAAGAAUGUCCGAGUGCAUCAGGUAUGCCCAUGGCCCUCGGCGCUGGUUUCAAGCUCAAAGACAAGGAGCGAGAAAAGCGCAACGACAAAGACGGAUCCAAACACCCACCCCAUACUGAAGUUGAUGAUAUGCAUCAAAUUCAUGCAAACGCCAGAGAGCACGCACAAGGAAGCAUGCACUCUGAAGACCCAUCAAGUUCUGACAAGGCAAACCGCGCCGAUGAUGUUCUCGUAUCUCAGGAUCCAGCAAAGCUCAGGCGAAAGUCACACUCACACCACCAUACAAUACAUCGCGCGCAACCUUGGUCAUCAAUGCUCGAUGAGUGGUAUUGCAAUAGAGCAGUGCCCACUCGCAGCAUCAGCUCCUUGCCGGACAUGGACAUUGAUCUUCCAGAACACAUAGCCCGUGGUUCAGACACGGGGUCUAUUGGGAUGGACAUCAUCGAGGCACGUCGCAAUGCAGGACCGUAUGAGUUGCUCACGAAGGAGCGAAUGAUGGGACUAUAUCUUGCCAUAUAUAUCCACCAUGACGUUCGUCCUCUCGUGAAAGGAACAUCGAAAUCCGUGGUGACAGCUGGCCUCAUUGGCGGCCGUGUCGGUAACAAGGGCGCCGUUGCCAUUAGUAUAAAUGUUGCUGGCACAACACUUCUGUUCGUCAAUGCUCAUCUCGCGGCUCAUGAGGGCAGGAAUGAUCACCGUAUAGCAGAUCUCGCGAAGAUCAAAGCCGAGCUCUCUGUAGACGAUUAUCUCUCGCCCGACGAUGAACGUAUAAUGGCAGAAGAUAUAACUGACAGGUUUGACCACACUUUCAUCUUUGGUGAUCUUAACUUCCGCCUGGACGUAACUCGCCUGCAUGCUGACUGGCUGCUGUCACGUAAAGAAUACGACAAGGCGCUAGCCUUCGAUCAGCUCCGUCAGACGAUGGCGGAAGGACUGGCGUUCGUGGGGUUUAAGGAAGCGCCCAUUGCAUUCCCGCCUACAUUCAAAUACGAUGUCGCGCGACGUUCGAAGCGUACACAUUCGGCCAAGAGUUCUCGAACUCACUCCAAGAGCAGCCUUUAUCAUCACGACGAUCAUUUGCCACGAGAUCAUGAAGCGGAUGCGGGAUAUAGUACCGGCGCCGGUGCAUCCGCAGGGGAGGGCACUCAUGAACACGAUGGAGACUCAUACUCCGCGCUGUCGUCGACCCGCGCAUCUGUCCGCUCGCAACAUAGCACGCAAAGCGUAUUGCCGGGACGCAGGUCGGGUGACUCGCACUCGUCUUGGGCAGCUAAGGUUGCCGUGACCGAUGCGAAGCAUAAGCUCUGGACAGCGAACGCGGCCCAUCGUCUAAAGGAGAAAUGUCUUGCUCUGCUGUCCGCCUCGCAUACGCAGUCAUCACAUCGCAUCCCGCGGAAGCAUUCCCAUUCCUCGAAGCGGCGCUCUGUAGCGACAAUUCAGAACAUAGAUCAUCACCAUGGUCGAGCCCAUGGUGAUCUGCCAGCGACACCCAGGCGAUCAGACGUCGAGGCACACAAGGCUACCCUUCGCAUGAACAUGAGCACUCCAGAGCUUGUAGGUCGUAGAAGCGCGGAUGACGCUGGAUCCGAGAAUGCUGUCUAUGAUUCAUCUCAUAAGAAGCGGGUUCCCAGCUGGUGCGACCGCAUAUUGUGGAAAUCGACAAUCCACGAAGAGCCGGAACCAGAGGAAACGCCUUUGCAGACAGCUCGCAGCCGAAUGACUAGUUUUUGGCACUCUAUCAGUCCUGUUCGGAGUCGGAAAGAAUCCAGCUCCUCGACACUAUCGGCUAUACUUCCUUUUUCUGCGACGACGGCCAACACGCUUCGCAGCCCCACAGCGACAGACGGCCAGAUCCUUAGUGCUGUCCCCAAUGAGUUGCCGUUGCGCCGGACGUCACGACCACGAUCAGUCGAGGCCCUACCCAAAGUUAGACUCGUCCGGACGUCCAUGACAUCUACAGAGACCUCCGGAGGCCGAACGAGCGAAGACGGUGAUGGCCAUCGCCGCGCGUCAACGUCGGUUCCCCUCAUUCAAUCAAAGACACUGCCCCCGAUUGCGAGUGGUUACAGGCUUCCUGACCAGUUCAUUGCAUCUCCUAUAGAAUCGCCCGUCUCUCCACCAGUAGUCUCGCCCAUCCCCUUUUCCUCUCGCCUGCGCGAUUUCCUCCCUUUCUUCCACCGCCAGGGCUCGACAGAUAGUCAGUGGACUCAUGAGCCCCAUCGGGCAGUCCAUCACAAGCCGGGCGACGUAGUUUGCCUCGAAUACCGCUCGUUGAACGACCUGGAGAUGAGGCGGCUCAGAGGCCGAAGUGACCAUCGCCCCGUCAUCGGAUCAUACGCAAUAUACAUCUAGAUUUCCUCGCCGUCCCUGACCGCCCAUCCUCGGUCCUUGCAUCGAGAGCUUUCAUCGUAAUUUCCGUCUCUGUCUUCUACUUAGUCGUUCAUCAAUACUCUCCAACUACACGAUAGAAUACGCAUAUACGGAUCUCAGGCAUUUCUCAUUGUUCUCUACUUCACGCAUCCAUCCACCACUAAUUAGCUGUAAAUUACUAGUGCACGAUUCGUGCCGGUUGUUGCUGGGUAGUGUUAAUUUGUUUCACCACGGACCGCCUACAGUCGUUGCCGGUCUCAGAUCACCGAGGACUA